AGACAUUUUUUGGGCAACCAAAAGAACAAAAAGAAAAAACAAAGAACUAUAGAGAUAUACUAUGGGUUCUCUAACAACUCCACCAAAACUACUAGUAGUAGAUUUCAACAAUGAAGAAUUAAGGCCAGGCACAACUACUUGGGAAUCUACCUGUAAAGAAAUUAGACAUGCCUUUGAAAACCAUGGUUGUUUCAUAGCACUUUAUGACAAAAUUUCACCACAACUUCAAAAAUCCAUUUUUCAAGAUAAUUCACAACAAUUAUUUGAACUUCCUUUAGAGAGAAAAGUCCUAAACAUUAGUGAAAAGCCUUAUCAUGGUUAUGUUGGCCAAAUUUCAUUUCUACCUAAUCAUGAGGCUUUUGGUAUUGAUUAUGCAACUACUUCUCAAGGUAUUCAAACCUUUUCCAACCUCAUGUGGCCACAAGGAAAUGACUCUUUCUGUGAGAGUUCGUUGAUGUUUUCCAAGAUUGUGGCGGCGUUGGACAACAAGGUUGUUAGAAUGUUAUUUGAGAGCUAUGGAAUCACAAAAAAUUGUGAAUCAUAUGUUGAAUCAACCACAUAUCUCCUUAGAUAUUUGAAAUAUAACACUCCAAAGACUAAGGAAACUAGCAUGGUGUUUCCCCCUCAUACCGAUAAAACGUUCACUACCAUACUAUACCAAAAUCACAUUUCAGGGUUAGAAGUUCAAACUCGAGACCUUCAAUGGAUAACUCUUGAGUUUCCACCAUCUUCUUUUGUAGUCAUGGCUGGUGAAGCACUCAGAGGAUGGAGCAAUGAUAGGGUGCUUACUCCAAUACAUAGGGUAAUUAUGGAUAUAAAUGGGAGUGAAACAAGAUAUACUAUUGGAUUAUUUACUUUUUUAAAGAAUGAUAAAAUUAUAGAAGUGGAUGAAGAAUUAAUUGAUGAAGAACAUCCAUUGAAGUUUAAGCCAUUUGUUCAUCUUGAUUUGAUCAAGUUUUUUGAUACAGAACGUGGUCGAAGAUCACAGAAUUUAGUAGAAGAUUUUUGUGGUGUUUGAUAUUAUUAUAUGAAUUUUCAUGUAAUUUAUGUUUGGGUUCUUUUAAUUUUCUAUAUUCAAACCUAGUAAUUUACUUUCUAUGUUGCUUGUUUGUAAUUUGUAUAAUGAACACAAUGAAAUAUUGUUCAUGUAUGAUGCAUCUAAGGAAUUUGAUUUCUUUUGUACUCUAA